GAGCACUUCAACCAAACACCAAACAAUCACACCACAUCGCCAAAAUGUCUUUCUCCAACGCCGACACCGGUGGCAAGACCGCCGACCCAUACGUCGCGAAGAACUCCCAGGACCCCUCAUUGAAGGAGAAGGCCGAGGACUUCACCACCUUUGCCGAGAAGACCAAGUUCUGCCUCCUCACCACCAAGAACAAGGACAAUCUGCUCGUCAGCCGCGCCAUGGCCAUUGCCGGAAAGGAGGGCAACGGUGUCGACCUCAUCUUCCACACCAACACCGAGUCCGGCAAGACGGAUGACCUCCAGAACUCGCCUGAGGUGAACGUCGGCUUCAUUGACUCCUCCGGCCAGUGGGCUUCAGUCUCCGGCGCCGCCAAGGUCGAGACCGACCGCUCCCGCGUGCGCGAGUACUACUCCCAGAGCCUGAAGGCGUGGUUGGGAGAUCUUGGCGACGGCAAGCACGACGGUGGUCCAGAGGAUCCUCGCAUUGGCUUGAUCCGCGUCAAGGCCCACACCAUCACCUACGCCAUCUCCAGCAAGAACAUCGUGACCAGCACCAUCGAGGUUGCAAAGGGCGCUCUCACCGGCCAGACGGCGCAGGUCAACAAGCUGAGGCACUUGGAUGAGUCCGAGCUCCAGCAGUGGCGAUCAUCGUAGAGGCCUGAGUCCACAGGCUACGAAUAAAAGACCACAGGAUCAGAUAUGGCUAGAUGAAUAGUGAUGAAGCUCGAAAGCACAGUUAGCGGCUAGAUCAGUCAAUCCAGAGCGAUGUUGUAUAU